AAAGUUAGGAGAAGAAAUUGUAUGGCAAAGUGUCCAAUAAAGAGAGACGCGACGUGGAAACAAACUGAAACCUCAGAUGUGAGGUACAAAAUAUUCCUCUCUCUGUCUCUCUCGCUCUUACCAAAUUAUAGUACGCCAUAGCAGAGCUUAAGAAACUGAGGGUUGGCAGUUAUUUGGUUGCUGAUGUCCGUAUCUACGCAGACUCUGCGCUGCUUCAGCCCUCUCUCAUCAUCAUCUUCAUCUUCUUCCAAUUGCCAAUGGCGUCGUGCUGCCCUCAUUCGCUGCUCUCGCUCAGCCUCGGUGCAGGAAGCUCUAAUUGAGCUGCAUAAGCCCCCGCCGCCGACGCCAGAUGAAGAUAAGCGUACUAGUAGCUCGGGAAUUCAGGUGCCGAGGCAGAGAUACGUACCUGUUUCCAAGUCGGAAUUACUGGACGCCAUUGUGUCCUCCAUGUUCCCCUCGCCGGAGGAAGCUCGUCAAUUUCUCGCUCUUUCCCAGUGCUUGGAUUCGAUUCUUCAUGCCGAACACAAAACCAUUUUAGAGGAAAUGAGAAGUUACUAUGAUGAUCUUACUCUUUCCACCAAGGCCAAGACUGAUGAUUUUCCAGCUGUGGCGAAUGAGGAUAGUGAACAUGAAGGAGAUGAGACUGACUCCAAAUCCAAGCUGUCAUUGCCCCUUGGUUUUACCCUCGACCUCGGUUCACUUUUGGAUUUUUCAUCCAGGAAUGAGCAGAGGGAUUCUAUCAAGGCUUCCAGAACUGCCAUCCCAGGUCAUUUUCAACGCGCUUUCAUGAGACUGCUCAACAAUGCUGAGUUUGAAGAGUUGUCUCCCAGGGAUUUGAUGUUGACUUCAGCACUAAAUACUGAUUACCUCCUUACCUUGCCUAUUUAUAUUGACUGGAAAAGAGCAUCGGUGUCCAGUGUUAUUGUAUUCAGGCGGGGAUACACAACUGAGAGGCAGAAGGGCCUGCUAAUUGCUGAAAAGCUGGAUUACUUGCAGUCAAAGUUAUUGCAGAACAUUCUUUUUCUUAUUGCUAAACCAAUGGGGAGAUUAGGUGUCUGGUUGGAUGAGAUAUUCAAGAGUGUUAUACGGAUACAGGAUACAGACGUUUUGGCAAAAAGAUUUAAGCGUUGGCUUGAGGGCUUGUCUCUUUCCCUGAAGUCCAGUUCCUAUGAUGGAAAAAUAUUUGAUGAGCUUGAUGAAAUAGACAUCUUAUCCAGUGAGCUCCCAAUCUGGGUUGCUGCACAGAAAGCUGUAUCUCUUUAUGAAGGAAUUCUCUCAAAAUUUGGUCCGCGUGAGAGGCUCUUAAGGAAGUUUUUAGCAUGGGUGGGCCUUGUACCAUCAAUUCCUGAGGAAGCAUUUGACCUUCACUUGGACAGUAGUAGUUCUGAAUCCAAAUUUAGCCCAAGUUUCCUACCAAGGAUAUCCCUUAGCGACAUUUGGAAACCUGCAUCACCUAGAUAUUGUGGAAAUGACUUCAGGAAGAUGUUAAAAACAGCCGUUUCAAUUCUAUCCUCACAAUCUAUUCUGCAGGAGCCAGCAUUCCAAGAAUUAGUCUUGCUAUAUAUUGGGAACAAUGGAGAAAGGGAAACUCCAGAUCAAGCUGAGGUGCCUUCAUUGCAAAUGAAAAUCUAUGAGACAAUUCCUAUUCCAGAUUUGCCGGUUAUUUUUCCUCACAAGCAGCUGUCUUUCCGUAUCCUUGACGCGGUACGGUUGGAUGCUGCAACAAUAUUGGGACUUCUGGCGUACUUCUUCAGCUAUAAAUUUGUUAACAUUUUAUCUUCACCAUCUGCAAUAUUUUUGGAUGUAGCUGCAGCCACUGCAUUUGGGAUAUAUAUGUUUCGUGUACUUUUGGGAUACAAACAAACAAGUGAUAGAUAUCAACUUCUGGUGAAUAGGACACUAUACGAGAAAACAGUAGCUAGCGGCUUUGGUUCUAUCCAUUUUCUUCUCGACGCGUCUGAACAGCAGCAAUACAAAGAAGCCAUUUUGGUGUAUGCAACCCUACUUAAAGCAGAGAGUGACCAGGUGAGAAGCACCAAAGGCAUUGCCCAUAAAUGUGAGGCAUUCAUGUAUGAUGUUUUCCAAGAGAAGGUGGAAAUGGCAGUUGACAAGGCCAUAAACACACUGUUGAGGUUGGGUUUAGUAGUGAAAAAGAGCGGCGACAACGACGACGUCGUGCACCCUAUUCCCUGCGCCACAGCUUCCAUCACUCUCAGAAAUCGAUGGAAUACUCUUAUCAACUAGCUACAAGUAUUUAAUUUCCACAUUAGCAUAGAAUUCAUUCGGCUAGUACUAGGAAGAUCAAUAAUAAUUGUAAAAAUGUUGUAUUAUAUUCAAGUCAUUUACAGGGUUCUCUUUUUCCUUCUAUAGUAAAUAAAUGAAGUUUUUGCAGUGA